GAAGCCCUGCCUGGGAGGCCAUAGGGUGGGCUGGUGCGCAGGGUGCGGAGAACCUCCAGGGACUGGGUCAACACACAGAAGAUGGACAGGGAAGAUCCACAAGGUUGGUCUGGGGUUCGCUUCUAAGUAUGAGGAACUGUGCUGCGCGGACAUUGCCCAGAGUCCGCAGGCUCAGGCGCCUGAGUUGGCGGCCAGCCGGGUGCUCCCGCGGAGCCUCGGGGUCCUGUUCCACAGGGUGCUCCAGGCUCGCCUGGCACUGGCGGAUUCGUUGGUCGAAUAUUUGAGCCUCUUCCCCUUCCAUUCUAGGCGGCCGCGGGUCCCGCGGAGCGAGACCACCUGUGAGGGCUGCUGAGAUUGGCGGAGGCGGUCAUGUGGGCGGUCACGUGCUGCCGCGAGCUCCGUCCAAAAGAAAAUGGGGUUUGGUGUAAAUCUGGGGGUGUAAUGUUAUCAUAUAUCACGCUACCUCGUAAAACCGACACUGAAAGCUGCCGGACAACAAAUCACAGGUCAAAAUUAUGAGUUCUUCGUAUUAUGUGAACGCGCUUUUUAGCAAAUAUACGGCGGGGGCUUCUCUGUUCCAAAAUGCCGAACCUACUUCUUGCUCCUUUGCGCCCAACUCUCAGAGAAGCGGCUACGGGGCGGGCGCCGGCGCCUUCGCCUCCACGGUACCGGGCUUAUACAAUGUCAACAGCCCCCUCUAUCAGAGCCCCUUCGCAUCGGGCUACGGCCUGGGCGCCGACGCCUACGGCAACCUGCCCUGCGCCUCCUACGACCAAAACAUCCCCGGGCUCUGCAGUGACCUCGCCAAAGGCGCCUGCGACAAGGCAGACGAGGGCGCGCUGCACGGCCCAGCCGAGGCCAAUUUCCGCAUCUACCCCUGGAUGAGGUCUUCAGAGGCCGAAAGAGCCAAGUCCUCUGGGGGCCUCUCACCCACCCCUGUGCCAGGGGCCAUUUCAAGACGUGGGCCAGGAGGGAACUGGGACAGAGGGUCAGAGUGCCCUAGGAAGGUCUGGAGACAGGGGCGAGGGUUGCUCAGGAGGGUCGCCCACUUGCAUAGCGAGGCUGGGGAGCGGAGGGGCUUGCCUUUGAAUGGCAAAAGUGCAGCGGCUCCUACUUGCCCACACUCUAUAUUUACAAUUUCCCUUUGUCAGGGGGAACCAGGACAUUGUGGAAGCGUAGCCGCCUGGAAAGGUCGGUUGUAAAGUUGGGAUUCUGUGCCUUUGCUCCUUACAGAACUGCCUACACGUCUGGCACCAUAGUUGGUGCCUUCUGCUAACAUUCCCUCUCCUCCCCCUGUUCCGUUCUCGGUUGAGGGGCAGAGCUGGUUUUACGGUCUGGGCAAGGAAGAAGGUGCAGGCUCUGGGAUAGUAGCCUGGCUAAAGCACUGUUCUGUCCAUGU